GCUUCAUUUGGCUUGGUCGUAAAUUCGCAAUAUUGUCAUUUGGGGUGUGGCCAAGUGAAAAUAAAUAAUUAAAACUUGGAAACUCUUGUCGUAUAACAAUAAUGUGCACUUGGAAAUCUUGUAUGGGUAUUAGAUUAUAUACACAUUCAGAUCUGUCAGUUGAAGAACUCACUACCAGCAGAACAGAGGGAGUUUUAGGGGAGAUUGACAUAUUUGUGUGUUGGAAUGGAUAAACCAUCUUGGCUUCCUACUUUGGUUGCACAGCUGUCUCUGGUUUUUGCUCUUUUCCUUGCCCUUAAACUGGGUCAGCCUCAGAAGAAGUUCCUGUACAAUAAGACAAGUGAGAGUAGACCUCUUGAUCUUUAUUUUAUAAGUAUUAGAGGAGGCUUCAGACCUUUCAAUCAACAGACCCACCUUCUAAAACAGGUGGACAUGGUAGCAAAGGCUUACAAGGCAAGGUUCGUGGUGAGCAUUAGUGAGCUUGGGGUAGAUGAUCCACUUAUGAAGAAUGCUACUCGGCAGUUCUCAUCGCUGAAGAUUCCCUGGUACACUACAAGAGUUUCAAAGGAACAUGAUAGGGGUUACUUCCUAAAGCAGGUCAAGAUGCCUUAUGGGAAAACCUUAGACAUAAUUGGGGUGAAUACUGGGUUAUUGCAGGAUUCUGUGCAUGGUGGAUCAAUAGGUGAAACCGGAAACAAUCAGUUAAAUUGGUUAAGAAGUACACUAGAAACGACCAUUAGUAACUGGCGCAUUGCUGUUGGAUUCCAUCCGCUGGUUGUUUGUGAAGAAACGGACGAGGGAAAGGAAGCAAAGCAAGUUUUUGAGACUCUACACCAGACUUUCAUGAAGUUUGAAGUGAAUGCAUACAUAAGUGGGCAAGGUUGCACCAGCAAUGUGCAUCAAGGUGGCAUUGCUUACAUUGGGAACCCUGGCCCAAUAGCAAAAGGACCUUACCUAGCUCUUGCAAAUGGAAGAUCAGUAUUUAGAAGGGAAUUGGACAAUGGCUUCCUUCUUCAUAGGGUUAGCUCGCUAGAGAUUGUAACCUACUUUGUUAGCUCAGCUGGAGAAGUUGUGCACAGAACUGUACUCCAACAGAGAGGUAGGGAGGUCGUAUAAAUGCUCACGAAGCAGAUCAAAAAGUAUAUACAUUCUUUCGUGCUAUGGAGGAACUACGUGAACAUUCUUAUUA